AUGCAGCCAGCUACCGUUCCUCACACGACCGGCGCUGCUUCGGACCUUGGGCUGCCUCCGACCAAAGAUCGGUUCUUCCUUGUGCGCCUAGCUAGGCCGUCUUCCUGGCUAGGUCGGAUCAGCUGGGACAGGCGCCGACACUCCACACACAAGCGCUCAAGUUCCAGAGGAGCGGCACGGCCAGCUGACGGAUCGAGGCAGGAGACGCCGCAGAUCAGCGCGAGCGCGGAGAUGAGCCGAAGCGCAAACAACAUGACCCAGUGGACAGGCAGGCUCUCUGGAGAUCAGGAGCAGCGGUUGAGUGCGCUGCCGCCCGGCGCGCCAGCCCGGCUCGUGUGGCAAUCACUUACAGUAGGAAAUCAUGCCUGUGAGAGAACCCUGUCUCGGAUUCGACUUGGCUUGACCCUGUCCACCCGUUGCAUCACUGCGCCUCUGCGCUUCGGCACCUCUGCUCGACUGCAUCGCCGCAUCACCGCCCUGCCCUCGCGCGACCACCCUUGGCCCAACUUUGGCCGCCCUCUCUCCACUUUUGGCGUUCGGGUGCCGACCGCUCCGCAACCUCCCCGUGCAGGCUACCGCGUGCUGCAGCUGCUUUUUGAACGCGCACUGGUGCUAUCUGUCCGGCCCUAUCGUCGUUUUCCCAUUUCGCGCUCCUCGCCUCGGCUCGCCAGGCCAGGCCUCGUGCCUCCCACAUUCAAUCAAAUCAAUCUAGCCUGCAGAUUCCGCCCGCGUGCCCGCGCUCUCUCUCUCUCUCAACCUCGCCUUUGCUGCCGCUCACUUACGCCGCCCUCCGUUCCGCCCGACUCCGGUCGCAACCUUGAUCGAUUGGCACCUCUCCCCAUCUCUCCACUCAACAUCGCCCUCCCGCGUCCUCGUCCUCCGCCAUCUCCAUUGUCACUGCCACCAAUCUCAUCUCCAUUCCCCCUCCACGUCUCGCGCUUUUCUGGAUCACCGCCAUCUCACCCUCUCCGCGGCCAUCGCCACCGAAUUGCACCCACCAUCCCAACGAUUCCACGCAAGGCCGCGAUCCGUCCCAACACGGCUUUAUCCUCGUUGGCCGUGCCCAUCUUCGCAUCGCUUUCGACGACCUCUGUCGAUCAACGUCAUUCCCUUGCCUUCUCACCAUCCAACCACCUCGUCUCAGCACGCUUCCGACCCGCUGUCGAGCCGCCGCACGCUUUGAGCAGUCUCAUCAAAUCGCACGCGCUGCACGCAUCCGCCUCGCGUCGUUCGUCUUUGAAGCAACUCACCCUCUUGGCUCUCCCCACCUUUACAAGCCCACGGCCCGACAUCACCGACGAUCUCCGACUGCAUAAGCCCCGAGCUUACUUCGGCACCGCACCUUCCCCAUACAGCGGCGAGCGACUCGAUGCGUCGCCGCCUGCCCGAUGCACGCGGCUUCGGCUCGCGAGCGUCGCAGAGCUGCCGCGCCAAGCGUCCAGGUUCGGCGGACGGCAACCGUUGCUGUUGCUCUUCAUGGCGAAUCGGCCCGUUCUAACACUGGUCGCGGUGGGGACGGUCACGAGGCCGCUUGGCAACACCUGUGCCGUCGACCUACUCCCUCCGUCGUGCUGGUCCCUCAUCUUCGCCGCUACCGACAUCAACGCUCCCGCAAUGCUUUGUUUGCCUGGCUUCACUGCGACAUACGCUGACCUUGAACCGCUCUGUCCUUUCGACCUCGUCGAUCUUUGCAUCGUUGACCUCUCCAGCGACCACGGUGACAAAGCCUACAGCAACGUCAUCACAUCCACGUGCACUCCCGGCCCUUCUCCCGUCAGCACUCCUGGUGCCAUGUCCGCAUUACCUCUUCCCAUGGCCGGCGGCCAACAUCACCACCCGCCUUCGAUGCCCUCCAACUCAAUAUCCAUCGCCGGCGCCUCCCAAGAUCAACAUACACCCGGUAGUUACGGUCCUUCCUCCAUGAACGCAUCUUCCGACAUGGGUUCCGUCAUGACCGAAGAUGAGGAGGACCUCGAAGACUACGGCAAGGGCGGCUACCACCCCGUGCAUGUCGGCGACACCUUCUCCGACGGGCGCUACCUCAUCGUCAGGAAGCUCGGAUGGGGCCACUUCUCCACCGUCUGGCUUGCCAAGGACAACAAGAUGAAGAGGCACGUCGCGCUCAAGGUCGUAAAGAGCGCGCCUCACUACACCGAAACCGCCCUCGACGAGAUCAAGCUGCUCCAGCGCCUCGUCUCCGCCAACCCAAGUCACCCGGGCAGGCGCCACUGCGUCUCCCUCCUCGACCAUUUCAGACACAAGGGCCCCAACGGCUCGCACGUCUGCAUGGUUUUCGAGGUGCUCGGCGAGAACUUGCUCGGGCUCAUCAAGCGAUACCAACAUCGUGGCGUGCCUCCGCACAUUGUCAAGCAAAUCGCAAAACAGGUGCUCCUCGGCCUCGACUACAUGCACCAGGAGUGCGGCAUCAUUCACACUGAUCUCAAGCCAGAGAACGUGCUCAUCUGCAUCGACGACGUCGAGGCGGUCGUCGAGGCAGAGUUGCGGUCCAACCCGGCCGCCGUGCCCACUAAGCUCGUCGGCGUUCCGCCAAGUCAGGGCCGCGGCGGCACUCAGACGCCCAAGCGUGACGGCAUCUUCAUCACGGGCUCCCAGCCGCUGCCGAGUCCAAGCAGCAGUCUCGGAUCCAGUCCCAUGUUUGACAAGUGGGCCUUUGGCAUGUCCAAGAUCGACAAGCCAAGCGUCAGCGACAGCGAAAACGGCUUCCGCAGCGGCGCCAGCAGCGAAGCUGCCGGGUCCAAAGGUGGAUCCCUCGUCACGAGCAAGGAGCGCGAAGGCUCGACCGACGUCAUCGGACACGGAAUCUCGCAGCUCAGCACCCAAGCCUCCAGCAGCCUGCCAGGCGAUUCGUUCGGCAGCAGGACGACCACGGGCGUUCCGCAGCAAAAGGGCCCCUCGCUCCUGUCCCUCGGAGCACCACGCGUUCCGCAGGCGCCCGCGCCAGCCGCUUCGAGCUCCGCCGCACCACUCGCAGAAGCAGCUGCCGAACCGACCGACUCUCCGUCGCCCAUGUCGAUGGACUCACCGAGUCCCACCGAUCGCCAAGAGCCCACUCCCAUGGACCAAGAGAUGCACCCGCCAGCGCCCGCCGCCGGCGAUCCCACCACGCUUCCCCCGCCGCCACCGUACGAUCCCAGCUCGCUCGAGAGAAUCACCGUCAAGAUCGCCGACCUGGGCAACGCGUGUUGGGUCGACCACCACUUCACCAACGACAUUCAGACUCGUCAGUACCGAUGCCCCGAGGUGAUCCUCGGUGCCAAGUGGGGCCCAAGUGCGGACAUGUGGUCGGCAAGCUGCAUGUUCUUCGAACUGCUCACGGGUGACUACCUCUUUGAUCCUGCCGCCGGCACCAAGUACAACAAGGACGACGACCAUGUGGCUCAGAUCAUCGAGCUGCUCGGCGACUUCCCCAAGAGCCUUGCGUUUGCAGGCAAGUACAGCGCCGACAUUUUCAACCGUCGUGGAGAGCUUCGCCACAUCCACAAGCUGCGCUUCUGGCCACUCAUCUCGGUGCUGCAGGAGAAGUACCUCAUGCCGUACAACGAGGCCAACGAGCUGUCUUCCUUCCUGAUGCCCAUGCUCCGCUUGCAUCCGGAGAAGCGGUCCGGGGCGAGAGAGCUGUUGGACCAUUCGUGGAUCGAGGGUAUCGUGGUUCAGGGCGAGAUCGAGCAGGCCAUGAGACAAGCAGGCAUCGACGUCGAUGCGCUGACCGCAGGCAGUCCGUCAGGCCUGUCGCUGCCGCCUGGUCUCACACCGAGUGAGGCCGAUGCGCUCAAGCCUGUCGGGUCGGUGUCAAGCAGCCCAGCCCCAUUGGCGUUAAACAUGCAGGGUCUCGAGGAUGCCAAGCGUCGCGCCGCACAGCAUCAGGCCGAUGCUGCUGCUGCGGCAGCGGCGGCGGCUUCGCAAAAUGGAGCAUCGCAAACGACGAACACGUCGAAUGCAGCAUCUGCUGCGAUGCCCCACUCGCGCGACCCCGUUCAUGCGCUGCAAGCCGAAGCGCUUGAGCGAUCGUCGUCGAGCGAUGGCGCUGGCGAGUCGCACAUGACGAUCAAAGGGCUCGGCUCGGAGGAUGCGAGUGCCAGCCGCUCGGUCUCGACGCCAAAGCUCACCGGGCAGGCGCAGGCGGGCAGCUCGAGCAACCGUGAGGCCGGCUCACCCUCGCCGCAGGGUCUGCCGCGUCCAGUCGCAACCACAGUCCAGUAG